AGAGAGAGCAUGAGAGGUGGGAGGGUGAGAGGGAGAAGCAGACUCCCUGCUGAGCAGGGAGCCCAAUGCAGACUCCAUCCUGGGACUCCAGGAUCGUGACCCGAGCUGAAGGCAGUCGCCUAACCAACUGAGCCACCUGGGAGCCCUGAGGGGUGGGGUUUGAGAGACUUUAUAAAGUGAUGCUGAAUGUGCUGAUCUGGGGACCAUGCUUUGGUGGCAAAACCCCGGAGUCUUUGCCCUGAUAACUUAGUCGGUGAGUCUUGAUUUUGGGGUGUUAUGAACCUCUUUUGAAACUUGAUAAAACCUAAGGGCUUUCCCCAGGAAAAACAAAAUUAAAACAAAAAUGUGCAUAUAUACACCUAAGCAUACAACUUCAGGGAGGCCAUGCAUUCAUUCAAUGAAUACUCAUUUUUCCUUUUUUUUUUUUUUUUUAAGAUUUUAUUUAUUUGCCAAAGAAAGAGACAGCGAGAGAGGGAACUGAAACAGGGGGAGUGGGAGAGGGAGAAGCAGGCUUCCCGUGGAGCAGGGAGCCCAAUGCGGGGCUCCAUCCCAGGACCCCAGGAUCAUGACCCGAGCAAGAAGGCAGACGCUUAACGACUAAGCCACCCAGGCGCCCCAAAUACCCAUUUUUCUGGGUGCUAACGAUAGAGCAAAAGGCAAGAUUGACAAGGUCCCCACCUCCUGGAGCUUUCAUUGUGGUGUCUGGGGACAAAUCGCUACCACGUAAAUAAAGAAGGCCUGUCGGGUAGUGAUAAGUGAUGAGGCAGUGUACCACGAACACACAAUGGAUGGAUUGAGUUGGAGGAGUGCAAGAAUGACUUUGUGAAACCAGUUUUCUGUCUGUCUGGGGAGACAUCUUGUCCAGAGACCUGAGGGCCAGUCUAUGGAACUAAAGCUUCCCCAGCAAUCAGCUCCAGAGGGCCUGAAGUAGAAAUGAGCCUCACAGUUUCAUAAGACAGAUCAGCUGGUAUGGCAGGUGCAGAGUGAGUGAGGGAGAGAGUGACAGGAGGUGACUUCAGAGGGGCAGAGGGGCCAGAUCAUGCAGGGCCUUGUAGGUCACAGCAAGGAGGCUGCUUCUACCCCAUCCACUGCCCAAGCCUAUUUUUACAACUUAAAGGAGCCACGGCCUCCAUUUUAAGAACUGCAGAUCGAGAACUAAUUUAGGAACAAAACCAGAAAAAUGUCAUUUGGAGAUUAAAGGCGCAGAGAAUACACCUGAAAAUCCAGAUUGAAGGAGGUGAGCCUGCUCAGGACAGAGCCCUUCUCCGGACCCCCAGUAUCCACAGGUCUGGAGCCUGCCUCCAGGGACAACUGCUCGCUGAGUAAUAAUAAGUUUAAGUUCCAAUCUGCAAGCAAAAUGUUAGUUUCCAUCCUGUCUCCGCCCACUGCAGAAUGCUAGGACAUCCCAGGCCUGCCCGGGGACGCACUCAGAUGGCUUGACAUCUCUUUUCUUUACUUCUCCACCUUCCAAUAGCCAAUAAUGGCUUGGUGUGAGCACCGGCCUUAGCUUGCUAAGUUGUUGUGAUGGCUCGGUUGUGGCUUUAUUCCACAUUUCACUCUGCUCCAGGGGAAGGGGGGGCUUGGAUGGUGUUGCAAUCCCCGUUUCUGUUAAGUGCCUCUUAAGUGGCAAUUGUCUUUUAGCUCUCCUGUGUUGAGGGCUGGCUUGAGACCAUCACAGUCUGUAAAAGAGCUGCCUGAUCAGGAUUAAGAUUUAAUCAAUGCUUUAGUUUUCCCAGAGACCCAAGAGACCCCUAGAUUAUAAGGAAGGAAAAAUGCACUGGCAGCCUGCUUUCGGAAAUGAUUUCCAAUUCAUAUUUUCCUUGAAGUGAAACAGGAAAUGAGGAAUUUAAAAUCUCAAUUCUGGGGCAGCUGGGUGGCUCAGUCGGUUGGGCGUCUGCCUUUGGCUCAGGUCAAGAUCUCAGGGUCCUGGGAUGGAGUCCCGCAUCGACUCCCUUGCUCCGUGGGGAGCCUGCUUCUCCCUCUCUCUCUGCCUCUCUCCCUUCUUGUGCUCUCUCUGCCUCUCUCUCCCUCAAAUGAAUAAAUUAAAAAAACCUUAAAAAAAAAAAAGGUGGGGGGCGCCUGGGUGGCUCAGUUGGUUAAGCGACUGCCUUCGGCUCAGGUCAUGAUCCUGGAGUCCCGGGAUCGAGUCCCACAUCGGGCUCCCUGCUCGGCAGGGAGUCUGCUUCUCCCUCUGACCGUCCUCCCUCUCAUGCUCUCUGUCUCUCAUUCUCUCUCUCUCAGAUAAAUAAAAUCUUAAAAAAAAAAAAGGUGGUUCUGGCCUUUGCUGGACUGUAGGGGCUGUAGUUUCUUUAUCUAUAAUGGAGAUAUUGAAUUAAAGAAGCUUCCACAUCUGGGCCAGCUCUUUAAAAUAUUGUCCUCUGAAAAUAACACACUCCACCCCCAAAUAAAACCUUUUUUAAAAAUAAUACUAUAAGUAUAUUUUGCUUUGCCAGUUUAUCCCCAGUUUUGUACAAAAUUAUUUUGUUAAGUUGAAUGCUUGUCCCUCAUCUUGUGAGGUGACUGCCUGUUGGAGGGAGGGAGGAGGAGGUUCUGCUCUGAAAUCUCAUCAUCAGCCAAGUCGGACAGGGCAUCCGGACAGGCACCUCUAUUCUAGAAACAGUGGGGGGGGGGGCGGCGGUGUGAAUUUUAUGAAAGAGAUACCAGCCCCAAACACUAGAAAAAGCAGCAACCUAUUGUCUUGUCUCUCCUCAUAGAAAGUAAAUCCUUGGGGCCAGGGAAUUUUUUUUAUUCACUGCUGUAUCCCUUGUGCCUGGAACAGUGCCUGGCACACAGUAGGUGCUCAGUAAAUAUUUGUUGAAUAGAUGGAGCUGCAUAUUGGCACUUCAACUUUGGUGAUUUCUAGCAGUACUCCUCUUUCCGUGGGAAAGACUCCCAGAAGCAGGGAGAAGGACGGUAACAGGAACCUCUAGCUUUCUCCUGUCCCCCUCCAGGAGCAUUUUGAGACUGAAUUUCAAAAGUCCCAGAGAGGAAAAAAAGAUUGUUCCAUUCUUUCCAACUCACCUAUGUCCCCCUUUCUGCAUUGAAACAGUCUAGAUCUGGUAACAGCUCAUGUGUUACAAACUAUGUCUGCCUCAGGACAGACACGACUCCCGAAAAUCUUAUCAUGGAUGAUUUAUAAACUUAAGCAUCCUUGAUUUAUGUAUUCUAUAAAUCCACAUGUUUAUUAAUUGGAUUUGUUUCAAGGAACAUUAUGUGUUCUAAGGAUAUAGAUCUACAUUUUCAGCAGAUUCCUGUAGUCAGUACAUCUCUGCUCCUAAGUGGAAAGAAUAGGAAAAUGGAGCCAAAAAACUGUUUCAAAUGAUUUAAAAUUCUAGUUCUUUCCACAAUGCCCUACUAGUUCAGUGUACCACGGCUAAAGUAGUUUUACCAAUGGUGGACCGUUUGGAUAUCAUUUGUGUAUAUAUAUAAAAGAAGACAUCGAGUUUGAGUCUCUUUGGAAAACCAGAUGCAAAUUAGCCCCUGGAGCUCAGGAGCUGUUAGGAAAGCAGAGGAAGGAACGGUGGGCACCUUCCCAUUGGCUGGGGGGACUCACCCAGAUGUCUGGCUCCCACUAUAAAGACAGGAACCACUGCAGUCAGUUCCCACUUCCAGUUAAAGGACGACAGCAAAACAGCAAAAAAAGGAAGAUGGCCAGACUAUUAAUACUUUCCCUCCCAGGUCUUUUAGCCAUAUGUGCCGUGCACGGAAUAUUUAUGGACAGACUGGCUUCCAGGAAGCUCUGUGCAGAUGACGAGUGCAUGUAUACUAUUUCUCUCUCCAGAGCUCAAGAAGAUUACAAUGCCCCGGACUGUAGGUUCAUUAAUGUUAAAAAAGGACAGCAGAUUUACGUUUACUCAAAGUUGGUACAAGAAAACGGAGCUGGAGAAUUUUGGGCUGGCAGUGUCUAUGGAGAUGACCGUGAGGACGAGAUGGGCACCCUGGGCUAUUUCCCCAGCAGCUUGGUCGAGGAACAACAGGUGUACCAAGAAGCCACCAAGGAAGUCCCCACCACGGAUAUUGACUUCUUCUGAGCAAGUUCCUGAAUUUGAGCAGCUCAUAGACCACUCAGAAUAAAGAUUCCCGCCGCAGGUGCAUGCGAUGUGCCACGCCACGCCUCCGUGGUCCAGCCAGUCUUGCUGCAGCUGUGGACAUGGGUCCGUGCACUGGUCUUCUUAAUUGUUUUCUCCUCUCUGCCAUAUUCAUUUUUCUCCGCUUCUUUCUUAACGGAAAGAAAAAUGCAUGUAACCUAAAAUUCACCAUCUUAACCAUUUUGAAGUGUAUAAUUUAGAGGCAUUUAGCACAUUCACAAUGUUGUGCAAUUGUAAUUAUGAUCUAAUUUUGGAGUGUAUCACCCAAAAAGAAUCCCUGUACCCCAUUCUGUAGUUCCCCAUUCUGCCCUGCCCCCAGCUUUUGGCAAACAUGACUCUACUUUCUGUCUUUAUGGGUUUGCCUAUUCUGGACAUUUUCUAUCAGUGGAAUUAUGAAAUAUGUGGCUUUUUGUUGUCUGGAUUUUUCACUUAGCAUGAUAUUUUCAGAGUUUGUCCAUGCUUUAGCAUACAU